AUGUGUUAUAAAGUAAACAGCAAACUUGGCGGUAGUUUUGUUAUAUGGGCGCGUAGGUGCGAGCGGGAUGACUACAACGCCAGCGGUGUGGAGCCUUGCACUAGACAGACACAUCAUUUUCCUCCAUCAUCUCUUCAGGCGAUACGGGCCCUAGUGAACAAGAUUCGUCGAAGCUCCUCGGGCGAGAUCGUUGAGGAGGGCCUUCCUUCCCCCCUACCACAGAUACCGGAGGAAGAAGAAGAACGAAGCCUUAACUUCCACGCUCUGGGACCGGUAAUAGACAUCGACGAGGAGGCCGCCCUACCAGUCAAUUACAAUGAGAUGGAAGAAAGCAGCGGUCUACCCAUUGGUUAUGUGGAUGAGUGGAACAGUCUUCUGCCACCUCAAGGGCCGCCAAAACCGGUGGGGCAUUACAACUUCGGGGAGGUGGAUGGUCGAUCAGAUGUCAUUGGAGACCUAGAGGAGGAAUCGGAUGUUACGGCAGUCCCAAGGACUGCAGGGUGCAAAACGGGUCAACCAGCGGCUCGGUUUACAUUUGUUCUCGCAUUGGUUACAGCAGUUACCCCUGUCCACUACUCUGAUGCAGUGCCUUCAGUCGACAUAAUGCUUCUUUCCUCUUUCCUCUCCUCCCCCCUUCGUGAUUACAAGGAGCCGGUCAAUCAGUUAACUCCACUUUUAAACUCGGCAGAGGAUUAUCAGCGGAAGGUCGGCUGA